GAAUUAUUGAUUUAAUUCGUUGUAUUAAUUAAUGUAUUUCCUUUAUCUGAGUUGUUCUUUUCCAGUUCUUUUUCUAACAAUAACGGAACCUCUUCUUGAGGAAGUGUUCCGACACGGCUGUAAAUAUUGUGACACAGAGCAGGCUACACUGUCCAUGCGUGUUUUCUCUGGGAGCAAAACUGGCGUGAGAACGUCAUCGUAGCUUAUUUCAGAGUGUCUGGUUCACAUUGAGAUAGUUAUCUGUAUGGUCAGUUGUUUUUGCUGCGUUAUGGGAAUUUGUGGACGUUAUGGGAAAGUAGGUAGGUUGAAGUAAAUAACGCAUAAUAACACGUUUAUAUCAGUCAGCAUGUGACUCCUACAAAAAGGAUUUGAACGUGUGGUUGAAUCCCAUCACACUGAGCUGUCAUGGAGGGUUUGGAGGAGAAGCUGAAAGGCCUUUCCAUCGCUCGGCGGUCUCGCCCAGAGGAGCCCACAUACCUGCUGGACGUCGCCCUGCAGUCGACUGGCCUGCUCGCCGUCUCCUGCUCCGACCUCACCGUCCACAUCCACGACAAGGACACUCUGAACCUCCUCAGGGAGUACCGGGGCCACGACAGGCCGCUUUGUGGGGUUGUUUUCUCUCAUCGCUCCCCUGACUUCCUCUACUCCGGCUCUGCUGAUGGGACAGUUAAGGGCUGGGACGUCCGGUGCGUGGCGACAGAGCCGGCCCAGAUCUUUAAAAGUGACCCCUCGCACAGCUACUGCAGCUUCGACCUCAGCUGCAGUGACGCACUCGUGUGUGCCGGCACAGAGCAGGUGAACGAUGAGGACAGCUUCCUGGUUUUCUGGGAUGUCAGAAAACCAGGUGCCGGGCUUCUCGGGGUGUAUUCUGAGUCACACAGCGAUGACAUCACACAGGUGCGAUUCCAUCCUAGAGACAAGGACCGGCUUGCGUCCUGCUCCACAGACGGCCUCGUAAAUGUUUUCGACCUGAGCCGAGGGGCGGAAGAGGAGGCGCUGCUGGCAACCUGCAACAGCGACUCCUCUGCAGGGUCGGUUUGUUGGUCUGGCGCUGACUACACACAGCUGCUGUGCCUGAGCCAUGACGAGGGGCUGCACCUUUGGGACCUCGGUCAGCUUGACACAGAGGAGCCUCUCACUAUUUUCAGCUCUUCUGAUGUUCGCAGCCUGACUCCGCUCGCUGACGGAGGAGGCGUCGAUUACCUGGUGGGAGGGAGCUGGCUGGAAGACGCACAGAAGCUGCUGGUGGUCGGAGAAAACAGCGGGGAUCUCCACCUGAUGGAGUGUGACGACAGGGGGCUCCGUCUGCUCAGGAGCCUAAAGGGCGGCCAUGCCUCCACUGUACGGUGCUUCUUAUGGGACGCGGCGGAGGAGGCUCUGGUAACAGGAGGAGAGGACGCUCAGCUGUUGCUGUGGAAACCAGGAGGGGAGGACCUUACGUCAGCGAAAAGGGAGUCAAAGAAGAGCGAAUCAGCUUUGAAACUAAAAUCCAGGCCGCAUAAAAAACACGGCUACCAGAGAGAGAGAAAGGAGGCAAGACAAGACAAUGAAUGAAGUGUUGAAAUACUGACUUACUAACUCGACUGUGGAGGCUUCUCACUACUCUGCCAAUAGAAAAAUCAGUUUCAAAGUCAAUAUUUUGUCUAAAUAUUUCUGCAUAUGGUACACAAAGCACACAUCUCCACAGGAUUAACAUCCCUUUAGGCCAGAAAAGACUCGGACACCACUCAGUCUGUCACAAUGUGUUUACAACAUCUGACUUUUUAAUCUUUUUGCUUUUGUGGAAGCCUUAACCCUGACACGUUCCUGAAUGCUAAUUUGGAUUGUUCCCAUAGAACUAGAGAUACACUGAGUUUUGAAAUGUCCACACUAUUAUUCUAGUGUGUUUUAUUACUAACCUAAUUUAAUAGAAUGUACUUUACAUUAAUUAACUUCUUUGCAAUUAUUCAUAUCAACUCUGAGCUUGGAUUUAUUUAAAUAGUUUGUUUUGAAGUUUGAAGUUUGAAGUUGAAAUUAUUGUGUCAUACAUACACAAUACACAUACAUAGUUGUUUGCGGUCCCUCCUUCUGAAAUGUCACUGGAACACAACUUACAAACUGCACAUCGCCGAUCUUUCUCAGAGACGGACUAACACUCCCACGCUGCUGACACUUUCGUUCUUGUUUGACCAUCGAAACAAAUCAGAGUUUGUUCAACAGGUGACUUGAUGUGAUGCAACAGAUGCACUAUGACUUCUGGCAUUAGUACAUGUCACAUUAAUUGCAGACGUGCCGAUAUCAACCAAUACCAGUGUUCAACUGACUCAUGGAUGCCUUCCCACUUACUCAGUACAUUAUCAAGCUUUUAGACUCCAAACUGGAGCAUUGAUCUUAAUAACUGUUUACAGUCAGUGAUCACAUCGAACAGAUUGUAUUGCUCGUAUCAGAAACAUGACUUUUUCCUUGAAUGGGAAGGAAACACAACUGUUCCAGCCUGUUUCGACCUUCACACUCAUGCCUGGUAAUUAUAAAUGAUCUUAUCUGUAGUGUGUCCCGUAAAUGAUUGGAUCUAAAUGAAUGCUUUAGGAGAAGAAGUCUUAAAAAAGCAUUAGGGGCUGUUACCUAAUGACAGGAGAUAGUAUAGGAUACACUUUGGAAGCCCAGUUUCAGAUGUGAAGUUGUCCAGAUUCAUUAAAGAUAUCCAGAUACAGAUUAAAUGAUAGUAGUUGGAAAUUGGGUCUCAUAUACAGUAUAUUUAUUACCUACCUACCUACCUACUAAUGUUUGUUCUUGUUCUUGGACAGAACUGAUGGAUACUUAAAGACUCAAAUGAAUCUCUUAAAUUAGUGGGAUUUUACCGAGACAAAGAAACAAAAGCACCACUCUAGGAUUCUUCAGGAAGAUCUAUAAAAUCAAAGUCAUGACAUUAAAAAAACCCUUCAUUUUCCUCAUUGUACAGUUGUAUUCUCAUUGGCCACUGGAGGAGCAAUUCAAUAAAUGACCAUUUACCUCA